AUGGCUGCACCCCUUCUCGCACCGCCAGGACCUGACAGCUUUAAGAGAUUUAAUGUGGAAUCUUUGGCGGCCCUCGAGCAGCGCAUCAACGAGGAGAAGAACAAGAAGCCGCCCAAGCAGGACAGCAGUUACCGUGAUGACGAUGAUGAGAACAAGCCCAAGCCCAACAGCGACCUGGAGGCUGGCAAGAGCCUGCCCUACAUCUAUGGGGACAUCCCUAAGGGAAUGGUGGCGGUACCACUGGAGGAUUUGGACCCGUACUACCUGAACUCUCAGAAAACAUUUAUAGUGCUAAAUAGGGGGAAGACAAUCUUCCGUUUCAGUGCCACACCUGCCUUGUACUUCAUAAGUCCUUUUAAUCCGGUUAGGCAAUUAGCUAUUAAAAUUUUGAUACAUUCUCUUUUCAGCAUGAUCAUUAUGUGUACUAUUUUGACCAACUGUAUAUUCAUGACCUUUAGUGAUCCUCCUGAGUGGUCAAAACAAGUAGAGUACACCUUCACAGGAAUUUAUACAUUUGAGUCGCUUGUAAAAAUCACGGCACGAGGAUUCUGUAUAGAUGGCUUUACAUUCCUCCGAGAUCCAUGGAACUGGCUGGACUUUAUGGUCAUCUCCAUGGCAUAUAUAACAGAGUUUGUGGACCUGGGCAAUGUAUCUGCGCUGAGAACAUUCAGAGUUCUCCGAGCGUUGAAAACUAUCUCUGUCAUUCCAGGCCUGAAGACCAUCGUGGGUGCCCUCAUCCAGUCUGUCAAGAAGCUUUCCGAUGUGAUGAUCCUGACCGUCUUCUGCCUCAGUGUCUUUGCACUAAUUGGUCUGCAGCUCUUCAUGGGCAACUUACGCCACAAGUGUGUGAUCUGGCCGAUCAACACAAACGAGAGCUACCUGCUCAACGGAAGCCGGGGCUUUGACUGGGACGAGUAUAUCACAAACAGGACCAAUUUCUACAUACUGCCUGGCCAGAUUGAUGCCCUACUUUGUGGGAACAGCUCAGACUCAGGCCGUUGCCCAGAGGGAUACACGUGCAUGAAAGCUGGAAGGAAUCCAAACUACGGUUACACCAGCUUCGACAGCUUCGGAUGGGCCUUUCUUGCUCUCUUCCGACUCAUGACACAGGACUUCUGGGAAAACCUCUACAUGCUGACCCUGAGGGCAGCAGGAAAGACCUACAUGAUCUUCUUUGUGUUGGUGAUUUUUGUGGGUUCGUUCUACUUGGUCAACCUGAUCCUCGCUGUGGUAGCCAUGGCAUAUGAGGAGCAGAACCAAGCAACCAUGGAAGAGGCUGCGCAGAAGGAAGAGGAGUUUAAGGCCAUGCUGGAGCAGCUCAAGAAAAACCAAGAAGAAGCUCAGACUGCUGCCAUGGCAACUUCAGCCGGAACAGUAUCAGAGGAUGCAGUUGAGGAUGAUGGAGGAGGGAGACUGUCAUGCAGUUCUUCUGAAAUGUCCAAGCUCAGCUCCAAAAGUGCCAAAGAGCGACGCAACCGGAAGAAAAAGUGGCGUCAGAAAGAGCAAGAGAAGGAGAAAGGCGACAGUGAGAAAUUUGUCAAGUCCGAGUCAGACGACGGCAGCAAGAGGAGUCGCUUCCGCUUUCCUGAUAACCGCCUGGGAAGAAAAUCUUCCAUUAUGAACCAGUCCCUCCUCAGCAUACCAGGCUCGCCCUUCUUGUCUCGCCACAACAGCAAGAGCAGCAUCUUCAGUUUCAAGGGCCGCGGCAAAGAUGUCGGUUCAGAGAAUGAGUUUGCUGACGACGAACACAGCACGGUGGAGGAGUGUGAAGAGCGUCGGGGCUCCCUGUUCAGCCCUUACCGGCGCAGCAGCUAUAGUGGCUACCACGGGAAGAGGAACAGCACUGUGGAUUGCAACGGCGUGGUGUCUCUCAUCGGCCCUGGGCCCGGUGGACGCCUUCUGCCUGAGGUGAAAAUAGAUAAGGCAGCUACUGACGACAGUCCCACUACUGAGGUUGAGGUGAAGAAGAAGCUGUCUGGCUCUCUGAUGGUGUCUGUGGACCAGCUCAAUACCUCCUUUGGGCGGAAAGAGCGGGCCAACAGUGUCAUGAGCGUCAUUACCAACACGCUAGUGGAGGAACUGGAGGAGUCCCAGCGCAAGUGUCCUCCUUGUUGGUAUAAAUUUUCAAACACAUUCCUAAUAUGGGAAUGCUCUCCCACGUGGCUGAAGAUCAAGGAGAUUGUCAACCUGAUAGUCAUGGAUCCAUUUGUGGAUUUGGCAAUCACCAUCUGCAUUGUCCUCAACACGCUCUUCAUGGCUAUGGAGCACUACCCGAUGACGCCUGACUUUGAGGACAUGUUGUAUGUGGGGAAUCUGGUGUUCACUGGGAUAUUUGCUGGGGAAAUGAUGUUCAAAUUAGUGGCUAUGGACCCCUACUACUACUUCCAAGAAGCCUGGAAUUGUUUUGAUGGGUUCAUCGUAACGCUGAGCUUAGUUGAGCUGGCGCUAGCUGACGUCGAGGGCUUGUCUGUGCUGAGGUCAUUCCGACUGCUCAGAGUGUUUAAACUGGCCAAGUCGUGGCCAACUCUCAACAUGCUGAUCAAGAUCAUUGGCAACUCCGUAGGUGCUUUAGGGAACUUGACUCUUGUGUUGGCCAUCAUCGUCUUCAUCUUUGCCGUGGUGGGCAUGCAGCUGUUUGGGAAGAGUUACAAAGACUGUGUAUGCAAGAUCGACCUUGACUGUGAACUGCCACGCUGGCACAUGAACGACUUCUUCCACUCCUUCCUGAUCGUCUUCCGGGUUCUAUGUGGCGAAUGGAUUGAGACUAUGUGGGAUUGCAUGGAAGUGGCCGGUCAGGGCAUGUGCCUCAUCGUCUUUAUGAUGGUGAUGGUCAUUGGCAACUUGGUGGUGUUGAACCUGUUCCUUGCCUUGCUCCUGAGCUCAUUCAGUGCUGACAAUUUGGCUGCCACGGAUGACGACGGUGAGCUUAACAACUUGCAGAUUUCUGUCAUUCGCAUCAAGAAAGGCAUCGCAUGGAUCAAAGCCAAGAUGCGGCUGCUGGUGGCCAGUCUGCUGAGGAAACCACCCAUGGAGGACGAGCAGAAGCCUUUGGACGACAUGUACGACAAGAAGCUGAACUGUAUUGCCAACCACACCGGGGUGGAUAUAAACCGUGAUCUUGACUAUGCAAAGAAUGGCAAUGGCACCACCAGCGGUAUUGGCAGCAGCGUGGGCAAGUAUAUGAUCGAUGAAGACCACAUGUCGUUCAUCCACAACCCCAACCUGACCGUCUGCGUGCCCAUCGCUGUUGGGGAGUCUGACUUUGAGAACCUAAAUACAGAGGACUUCAGCAGCGAGUCUGAUAUUGAGAACAGCAAAGAGGUGAGUCUGGACGAUACCAGUUCGUCAGAGGGCAGCACUAUUGACAUCAAGCCAGAUGUGGAGGAGGUGGUGGUUGUGGAGACGGUGGAGGAAUACAUGGAACCAGAAGCAUGUUGGACAGAUGCGUGCGUGGCCAAGUACAAGUGCUGCGAUGUCGACAUCACCAUUGGCUGGGGGAAGAGCUGGUGGUUCCUGAGGAAAACCUGCUACUUGAUCGUGGAGCACAACUGGUUUGAGACUCUCAUCAUCUUUAUGAUCCUUCUCAGCAGUGGAGCCCUGGCCUUUGAGGAUGUGUACAUUGAACAAAGGAAAACCAUUCGGAUCAUUUUGGAGUAUGCGGACAGAGUUUUCACCUACAUCUUUAUCCUGGAGAUGCUGUUGAAAUGGGUUGCCUAUGGUUUUGUCAAGUACUUCACCAAUGCUUGGUGUUGGCUGGACUUCUUCAUCGUGGAUGUGUCUAUAGUCAGCCUUGUAGCUAAUGCGCUGGGCUACUCCGAUCUAGGGCCCAUUAAAUCACUCAGGACACUAAGGGCCUUGAGACCCCUCAGAGCCUUGUCACGUUUUGAAGGGAUGAGGGUGGUGGUCAACGCCUUGGUAGGAGCCAUCCCUUCCAUUAUGAAUGUGCUGCUGGUUUGCCUCAUCUUUUGGCUGAUUUUUAGUAUCAUGGGGGUCAACUUGUUUGCGGGCAAGUACUACUACUGUUUCAACGAGACCUCCGAGGAGUACUUUCCAAUUGACGUGGUCAACAACAAGACCCAAUGUUUGGCUCUCGUUGAGCAAAACUUUACGGAGGUUAGGUGGAAGAAUGUUAAAAUCAACUUUGACAACGUGGGCGCCGGCUACCUGGCUUUGCUGCAAGUGGCCACAUUCAAAGGGUGGAUGGAUAUUAUGUAUGCUGCUGUGGAUUCUAGAGAGGUGGAAGACCAGCCUGACUAUGAAGUAAACAUCUAUAUGUACAUCUACUUUGUGGUUUUCAUUAUCUUCGGGUCCUUCUUUACCCUCAAUCUCUUCAUUGGUGUGAUCAUUGACAACUUCAACCAACAAAAGAAGAAGUUUGGAGGUCAGGAUAUUUUCAUGACAGAGGAACAGAAGAAGUAUUACAAUGCCAUGAAGAAAUUGGGCUCUAAAAAACCUCAGAAACCCAUCCCUCGACCACAGAACAAGAUCCAAGGAAUGGUUUUUGACUUUGUCACGCAGCAAGUUUUCGAUAUCUCCAUCAUGAUCCUCAUUUGUCUCAACAUGGUCACCAUGAUGGUGGAAACAGAUGACCAAUCUGAUGAGACAGAAAAUGUUCUCUACUGGGUCAACUUCAUCUUCAUUGUAGUCUUCACUACAGAGUUUUUGCUGAAGCUUUUCGCUCUUCGACACUAUUACUUCACCAAUGGAUGGAAUAUCUUUGAUGUGGUGGUGGUCAUCUUGUCCAUUGUGGGUAUGUUCCUGGCUGACUUAAUUGAGAAGUACUUCGUGUCUCCAACCUUGUUCAGGGUGAUCCGUUUGGCCCGUAUCGGACGUAUCUUGCGUCUUAUCAAAGGAGCAAAGGGCAUCCGAACUUUACUCUUCGCCUUGAUGAUGUCAUUGCCAGCCCUGUUCAACAUCGGCCUCUUGCUCUUCCUGGUCAUGUUUAUCUUCUCCAUCUUCGGCAUGUCCAACUUUGGUUACGUGAAGCAUGGUGCCGGUAUCGACGACUUAUACAACUUUGAGACUUUUGGCAAUAGCAUGAUAAUCCUGUUCAUGAUCACCACUUCGGCCGGCUGGGAUGGCUUGCUUUUGCCCAUCCUCAACUAUCCGCCGGACUGCAACCCCAACCUGGAAAACCCCGGCACCUCUGUCAAGGGCGACUGCGGUAACCCGUCAGUGGGAAUAUUUUUCUUUGUCAUGUAUAUUAUUAUUUCCUUCCUGAUUGUGGUCAACAUGUACAUUGCCAUCAUUCUGGAGAACUUUAGUGUAGCCACAGAGGAGAGUGCCGAUCCUCUCAGUGAGGACGACUUUGAGACCUUCUAUGAGAUCUGGGAGAAGUUUGAUCCCACUGCCUCUCAGUUCAUCACUUUUGCCAAGCUGUCUGACUUUGCUGAUGCUUUAGAGCACCCACUUCGUGUGCCAAAGCCCAACACUAUUGAGCUGAUUGCCAUGGAUAUGCCCAUGGUGAGCGGCGAUCGCAUCCACUGCCUUGACAUCCUGUUUGCCUUCACUAAGCGUGUUCUAGGCGACAGCGGCGAGUUGGACAUGCUGAGGCAGCAGAUGGAGGAGCGCUUUGUAGCGGCGAACCCUUCCAAGGUGUCGUACGAGCCAAUCACCACUACGCUACGCCGAAAGCAGGAGGACGUUUCGGCCAGGAUCAUCCAGAAUGCCUAUCGUGCUCAUCUCAUCCGUCGCGGCAUCAUCUUCAAACGACACGCAUUCGUAAACAAUAAACUGGAAAAUGGAGGCACCAACCAGGAAAAGAAGGAGAGCACGCCAUCUACAGCCUCACUUCCGUCAUAUGACAGUGUGACCAAACCUGACAAGGAGAAGCAAGAUGACAACAAGGAUGAGUGGGCAAGAAAGGAGAAGGACAAAAACCAAAAAGAUGAGUGGGAAUCUAAGUGUUAG